GAGCAAGGGAGGCUGAAGGAGCGGGCUCGUAUAAAGAGAGACAGAACACAAGCCAGGCUUUAUCCUUCUCUCCUGUCCCGCUCUCUCAGACCUCACAAGAGAAGCUACCCCAGCCCACCGGCUCGCCCUCACUUCCCACUGUUUUUUUUUCCUUCAGACACAAAGUCCCGCCAGACGUGUCGAAUUUGAACAGAGGAUGGCCGCAUCCAUGUGGAGAAUGAAUGGGCUCUGCAGAAGCAUGACUGGAGUUCUGCUCCUUUGCGCUCUAUUGUUUAGCAGCGAGGUGACAUGUGAAGACAAUUCAACUACAUCAACCCCAUCCACAAAUACUCCUAAUGCUGGAAGUGGUGCCCCACCUGCUGCUCCAGCAUCCACUGCUGCAUCAGACCCCGGUGCCGCUCCCGCUGAUGGACCCAGUGGAGAUUCUGCAGGUUCUACUGUUGCUUCAACAGUUGCUUCAACAGUUGUCGCGACAAGCAGACACAAUGAACAAGCUAGAGGUGCCCAGGAGAACUCCAAUGUUCCUCCCAAUUCAAAGUUGGAUAGGAAAAAUGGCRUCCCACCAUCAUCAAACACUUCUGUAUUUGUUGGAGUACUGGUCACUGGUCUUCUUGCUGCCCUCGGCAUGAUUGUGGGAUACUUCAAGUGUCAACGGAAGCCUGACGCUAAGGGAGAAAAACUGGCAGAGGAAGCCUUCUCAGUGGAUCAGGAGAAUCAGGGGAACACCCUUGCGUCUGAGGCUCCUUUGAACCCCCCUCCAGAAACUCAGGAGAAACCCAGCGUUAACGGAGAGUCCCUGGAGGCGGUUAAGACCGAGACUUCUCCUCCCACCAACGGCCACUCCACUGCAAAGACGGCAGACACAGAGCUGUGAAAUCACCCCACAACUGCUGCAGUCCAGGAACUUCCUCCUGCUAAUACAUUUAUCCACACAGAUGCAWACAUGCCCACACAAAGAAAUUUGGUAUCUCAUCCUGUUCAGCCAUAGAGGCCACAGCAAAGGAAACAGCAGGGAUUAUAAUAACUUCUCUCAGAGCUACACAGCUCUGCUGUGGUUCUCUUCCUCGUUGGCUGUUGCCUCAACAAACAUUAGGAAACCUAGUCUGAUGAUGAUAAUAUUGGCAGAUAAAAAUAGUGCUGAUGAUGACGAAGACAGUCCCUGGGUUUUUGACGGCAGCCAGACUGAGACCAACAAGAGGAGGUUGGCAGCUCUUCUUUUUAAAUUAAUCAUCACAAACUCUUAUGAAGACUGCAGCCAGUGACAUGCUGCUGAAUCCAGCASCCUAACACCUGUCAUCUGGCUUAAACUCGCUACAAUUCCUGCAACACAGCAUAAGCACAUGGAUAAAAUUGUCUUUCAAAUUUUACAAUUUUAAGCCAGAAAAGACAAAAAGAAAAGGAGCAAAGCAUGGUAAAUUUACAAACUUGUCUGACAAAAAUAAACCCACUGUACAUGUUCAAAUGUUUGCUGCAUGUGAGUGUUAACAUUUACUAGGAUCUCCAUCGUACAUAGGCUGUAUAUAUCAGUACAUGCAUCUAGGCUUUCAUUUUUUAUUUUGUACUUUGAUGACUUGAUAAAAGUGUAAACGUGUGAACAUGAAUGUUAGCCAUUAAAACCUGUACAGUUUUAUGAAAUUAGUUGUCGCUUGAAUGAGCUUCAGUGGGAGAAGAAUCAAAGUUUCUUGUCUUCCUUUUCUCUCGGAGAGGUUGAACCAAGAGGAAACUGUCAAAUCAAGUGAUCAGCCAAAAAGAGAACARACCAACUGAUGAUCACUCUCAGCUUUUUUGUCAUGUUUCUCAGUGUUAUUCUCAUUUUAGUAUAUAACUGUGUUGCUUAUCCACUUGGCGUAGGAGUAUUUAUGCCUCAUAUGCCAGUUCAUAACCCAUGUUCUUAAAACUAGACUUGUUUCAACUAAAUAAUGCUUAAUCUUUAUGAUACUCAAGGAUGUGACUGUUGUUUUUUUAUUUUUGUUAUUAAUAUUUCUAUGGGUUUCUUUUUUUUCCAGUUUUCUUCUUUGGAAACGUUUUGUAACAUUUUAAAAAUACUCUUCAAAUUUUGUAAUGUAAACAUUGAAAAAGCAAAUUCACAAAUGCUUAAAUUUUGUAAAAAAAUUAAAUAAAUAAUCACAA